UAUGCACCGUCAACAUUGCGGGAGAAUGAAAAUAUGAUUUUACACUUCCCUUUCGUUUUUAGUACUCGUUCAUUGCUUCUGUUUAAUUUUCCUCUAAUUCUGUCUUUUCGAUUUUAUGUCAGCUAAGAGAACUUUUUCUUUCCCGUUGCUGCUUUUGUUGUAGUCUCAGUUUUAACCAUAACAACCCUGUUAUCUUGUUAAAUAUUUCCAUAAUCAACACACGUUUACACACAGGUUUUACGCACAGGCCACGUACAAGGCGCACAGUCUCUCUCCCCCUCAAAUUCAGCAGAGACAAGUUGUAAACAUCAAUGAACGCGUGAUUCCCGCCGGAGUACACUUUACAUUUGGCCCACCUCAUCUUCUUCACUAGUUUUGGGUGAAAGUAAACAGUUUGCCUCCAGCACACCUUAUCGCACGCAUGCAGGCGUGUAACCGCGUCGCCGCUAUCCACAAUAUCUAAAACAAAAAAACAAACCUCCCCCUGAGACUAGAGCUGCGGCGGUCGCGUUUCUAGAAGGUUGUUCUCCAGUUAUGCAGGCGAAUAACAGAAAGCCAAAGUCUUUCUUCUGUUCACAGAGAGGACAAAAGGAUGACAUGUGAUCACCCAAGUCGAUUGUUGGCACUUUACGUGAUUAUCUGCGCCACCACGCGAGCUUCUUACAUCGGUCAGGGCGCACGAGAUUUCGAAAAGAAAGUGUCCAUGCUGCUGGAACAGGAGCCAGAAAACCCCAAGUGUUUUGCUCAAGGUAGGAAGGACUUUACGUGCUUCUGGGCCGACGAUGAGGAGAGAGCUGGCUCUGUGGAUCAGUAUGCCUUCAUGUACACCUACCAAAAUGAAAACAGCAGCAGGUGUCCACUGAGAGAGCUCCGUGUGCCAGGAGGGAAAAGACUGUUCGUUUGCCAUCUAAACCAAACCCAGAUGUUUGUCCAGAUGGACAUCCAAAUUAACUGGGAGGGGAGGCUAAUCCACAACCGUAGCCUCCUCAUUGAGCUUACCUUUCUGCUGGACCCUCCCGCUAAUGUGACAGUAAGUCGAACCGGUCACCAAGGCCAGCUGAAUGUCACCUGGGUGCCUCCUCCUCUCAAGUACAUGGAUGACAGCAUGAUGUAUGAGGUCAGCUAUGCUGCAGAGGACAGCCAAGUGGGGCAGGUGCAGGUGGCAUGGGCGAGCUCAAUGUUGAUCCUCAGAGGCCUGCUCCCAGGAACAAAGUACAAGGUGAGAGUCCGGGUGAAGCUGGACGGGAUCAGCUACAGCGGAUACUGGAGCGCCUGGAGUGAUCCGGUGUUUGUGGAAACCCCGCCUGCAGAACUUGACCCACUCAUCGUGUCUCUGACUGUGAUCAUCUCUUUAAUCCUCCUUGUUCUGUCUCUCAUGAUGCUUCUGUCCCAUCGCAGGUUUCUUAUGAAUAAGAUCUGGCCUGCUAUCCCAAUUCCUGACAGCAAGUUCCAAGGCCUUUUCACUGUCUACGAUGGAAACUUUCAGGAGUGGUUGGGACACACCAAUGGAAGCUUGUGGUUGAGACCAACUUAUUUCUACUCAGAAGAAUGUCCAUCUCCUCUGGAGGUCCUGUCAGAGCUCCACCUGUGCACCUCAUUACCCUCCCCUCCUCUGCCGCCCAAAGCCUCCAGAGCUUUAUCCCUUGGCAGAAAGGACGAUACAAAGACAGGACUGGAGGCGAGAGAGCCAUUGGAAAGAGGAGAUUCAACUCAAAGUGACAACUGGCUGAUGGAUCGCUUACGGGCCCUGCACCAGCACCCCAUCCCAUGCUCCCAGUCUUCUUUGUUGGAGUCUCAAGACACCUACAUCACCCUGAGUAAAAACAACCACGGUGAAGACAAACACUCAAAUGAUCCUCUUGAGGAGACUUUACCACUUGAGGUGCUUUUCACCUCCAGAAAGACUGUCUUGUCCGAAUCUCACUCUGACUUGGGCUCUGGUUCAGGUCAUCUGUCCUCCCAGUCCAGCUUUGAGUACCCAAACCAUGCCGGGACUUCCAAGGGCCCCGGGUACACCUACAUGGCAGUGGCGGACUCUGGGGUCUCAAUGGAUUACAGCCCAAUGAGCAGACUAGAUGACAUCGGGAGAGUGGCUAUCUAUGCCCAUGACUACAAGAACGAGAUUCCUGUUCACAGAGGGCCCUUCCUGCAGAGGCAACACUCUCUCCAUGGUGACUGCUGAAAAAGGAGGGAAGCUAGACAGGCUGUACAUGGACUGAAGCUUGAAGUGGGCUUGGUGGAGGGUUUGGAUGUUCACCCAAAGCCACAAGGCCACCCAUCAACUGUUAAGAAAGUGCUCUUAUUGGAACAAAGAGCCAACUGACAUCACAGGAGUAAGCUAGGACUUACAAAGGAGAGUCCACUGGAUGUAUAUACGCAGUUUCUAUUCAAAUCAUCCCUGACCUGUACAGGACUACACUAUUACAUGUGGUUUGUACCUAAUAUUAAUAGUUGACGUAAUGUCUGUGUGCUAAGCAGUUAGUACCCUACCUUCUAUAUCAGAAAUGUUCUAUAACCUGCAAAAAAAAAAAAAAAAAACAAGCUAGGGAAAUGCUUUAUAAUUUUUGAGUCAUACUAAUUUUUACAUAAAA